AGCCGGCCUUGUGAAUAGAAAAGAGGUUUUCGGGCAGGCCAUCAUCCAGCAAGGAGCUCAAUUCCGGCGGCGACGGAAAUGGCUGCUUAAGUGCUGCGCAUCCGGACCGGAACCACCGGCAGCAAACUUGGGCACACUCAGCCAACCAGGACACUCCACUCCACUCUACUCCACUCCAACCCAGCAAUCAACUCAUCAGCCGGAUCGAGAGAUGGCCAACUUGAGCUGGCUGGCCACCACCACGCAGCUGCCACUGGUCAGCACGAGCAACUGGAGCCUGACUCCGCCAGGGAGCACGAGCGUCAGCCUGGGGGAUGUGUCCGCGGCAGCUGCAGCGGCUGCGGCGGCGGCGGAGGAUGACAGGACUGGUGGGAUUAUCCACAACCAAUUCGUGCAGAUCUUCUUCUACAUCCUGUACGCCACGGUCUUCGUCCUUGGAGUCUUUGGCAAUGUCCUGGUCUGCUAUGUGGUGCUCCGGAAUAGGGCCAUGCAGACGGUAACGAAUAUAUUCAUCACGAACCUGGCCCUCUCGGAUAUUCUGCUCUGCUUGCUGGCGGUGCCCUUUACGCCACUCUACACAUUCAUGGGUAGCUGGGCCUUCGGCAGGACCCUGUGCCACCUGGUGUCCUUCGCGCAGGGCUGUAGCAUUUACAUAUCCACUCUGACCCUGACCUCGAUCGCCAUCGACAGGUAUUUCGUGAUCAUCUAUCCGUUCCACCCGCGCAUGAAGCUCUCCACCUGCAUCGGGAUCAUAGUGAGCAUCUGGGUGAUAGCCCUCCUGGCCACCGUGCCCUACGGCAUGUACAUGAAGAUGACCAAUGAGGUGGUGAAUGGUACCCAGGGUGGCAACGAGACGCUGUCGGAGGCAGCGCUCAUGCUGAACGGGAGCUACGUGGCCCAGGGAUCGGGCUUCAUCGAGGCACCGGACGCCACCUCGGCGGCCGAGGCGUAUAGACAGGUGAUGACCGGCGGGUUGACGGGUCCGGAGGUGCCGUACGUAGCAGUGUACUGCGAGGAGAAUUGGCCAUCGGAGCAGUACCGGAAGGUGUUCGGCGCCAUCACCACCACGCUGCAGUUCGUGCUGCCCUUCUUCAUCAUCUCCAUCUGCUACGUGUGGAUCUCCGUGAAGCUAAACCAGCGGGCCAGGGCCAAGCCGGGCUCGAAAUCCUCCCGGCGCGAGGAGGCGGACCGUGAUCGGAAGAAGCGCACCAAUCGCAUGCUGAUCGCCAUGGUGGGCGUCUUUGGACUCAGCUGGCUGCCCAUCAACGUGGUGAACAUCUUCGAUGAUUUCGACGACAAGUCCAACGAGUGGCGCUUCUAUUUCCUGUUCUUUUUCGUGGCCCACUCGAUCGCCAUGAGCUCCACGUGCUACAAUCCCUUCCUCUACGCCUGGCUGAACGAGAACUUCCGCAAGGAGUUCAAGCAUGUCCUGCCCUGCUUCAAUCCCUCGAACAACAACAUCAUCAACAUCACCCGGGGAUACAAUCGAUCCGAUAGGAAUACCUGCGGCCCUCGGCUGCACCACGGCAAGGGUGAGGAGGGAGGCGGUGGCAGCUUGGAUGCCGAUGACCAGGACGAAAACGGGAUCACCCAGGAGACGUGUCUGCCCAAGGAGAAGCUGCUGAUCAUACCCAGGGAGCCGACCUAUGGCAAUGGCACUGGGGCAGUCUCGCCCAUCCUCAGCGGUCGUGGCAUCAAUGCCGCCCUCGUCCAUGGCGGCGAACACCAGAUGCACCAGCUCCAACCGACGCACCACCAGCAGGUGGAGCUUAGCCGACGCAUUCGUCGGCGUACGGAUGAGACCGACGGGGAUUACCUGGACUCGGGUGAUGAGCAGACUGUGGAGGUGCGCUUCAGCGAGACGCCCUUCGUCAGCACGGACAACACCACCGGCAUCAGCAUCCUUGAGACGAGCACGAGUCAGUGCCAGGACUCUGACGUGAUGCUCGAACUGGGAACUGGGGUCUGUGGCGGCGGCGGAGCAGAUCCCGGGAGAAGAUUCAACUGAGAUAGGAUUUUCGAGACGCAUUUCUAGGCAUUUCCGUGGACGGAUUUGUAAUUCAAGCCAAAAUAAUGCAGGGAAAUGUCAGCUGGAUUUCGGGAGUCCUUGCGUAAGCCACACUGAGUAGGGAGCGGAGGAAUGGUUGAGUAGAAAAAUGCUGAUAAAUGCCAAAUCAAGUGACAACGAUGUGGGAACUGAUGCCAGGGAAGGUUGUCUAGCAAUUGGCUGAAACAGCAACACAAGUCACAGAUAUCAAAUGUGUGUAUAUAUAU